GAAAGCAUAAUAAGGUAGAAAGCGUAAUUGUUUUUUUUACUAGAAAUUUAAAGUAGUACAAGAGAGGGAGGGAAAAAUGAAAAUAAAAAGAAUUUUUACAAAUGCUGUCUUAAAUCUCAGUGCCCAGAAUGAUAUAAAAAAAUUAAAAAAUCAGUAAUUUUGGAUUCUUAAACCCUCCGUCGCCAAAGCUUACACUUCAAAUAUAGCAGCAAGUAUUAUUAUAGAGGAAUUUUGGGUUGGUUUCAAAUACUUGAGAUGCAGAUUGUUCGGCGGCUCUCCAGUACUAUAUCCAAACGAGUACUUGGCGAUGCUUCAAGUACUCAGUGCCGGUGGAGGUCGUUUGCGGUCACCGUUCCGUCUGAUUCAGCGGCAGAUAGAAGGAAACAGAAAAGGGUAUCAAUGGAAGAAAGGAUAGAAAUGGUGGAAGGUUUUGUUAACAAAUAUAGAGCCAUGAAUGGUGGAAAAUUUCCAUCUACUAAGAUGGCAAUGAAAGAAGUUGGUGGCUCGUUUUACACUGUUAAGAAGAUUGUCCAAGAAAUGCAAUACAAUGCUAAAAUGCCAGUAGAUAAAGACACUGUGGUUAAGGAAGCUUCCGCAAGAAAAGCUGCAAUUAGGAAGGACAAUUUACUGAGCAAGGUUGAAGAGACUUUAAGCAGUGCAACAUCUCUCGGACAUGAAGAAGAAUGUGAAGAUGGUCAGUUAACCAAUGAGAUUUUGUUGGAAAAGGAAUUCAAUCAGAAUUGGAAGCCCUCGCAUGAACUCAAAGAAAUCCCAAGUGAUCGACAAACAGUUGAUGGAGGCAUAUCUCAAGAAACUCAAUCAUUAUGUGGGGUGGAAGGUGGGGAUACUAAUAGCUACCGUGAGGCAGAGGCAAAGCUACAAACUCCAAUUGCAGCAGAGCAGAUUUUGUUGCAGGAGAUGUCAAGAAUUUCUGGAAGUGAUAAUAAAGAUGAUGAUGCACAACUUCUUGAAUCGAAGGUAAAAUCUUUUUCACGUUCCGAGGAACCUGAGAAUAACAUAAAACAGAAACACUCCCCUGUGGAAGAUUUCAAAUUAGAUGGCCUAAAGCAGAUGGAUGAGCAAAGGCAUUCACCUGAACCGGAAAAGCCUACAAGGGAAUUAUCCAAUGAGCACAAGGCUGAUACACAAGCUGAAAGCAAACCAUCCAUGUGGAAAAAUAUGAAAUCUUUUGCAGAUGGAAUCCUCAGCAUGUGGUGGAAACAGUAAAUUAGUGCCCAGGUGGUCUCUAGUUUUUGAAUUUUUCCGUUUAGAUAUGAUACUGUUUUUAUCAUCUCCUACCGUUGCUAAGAGUUCUGUAUUGAUUGCUUCCUCCAAAGUGGACUUUUGUGGUUCUGCAGAGUUACCCGAAAACAAGGAGAUGGACUGCAUUUACAUCAACUUGAGAAAUCUUGUUAGUAUAAUGUUAUGCAGGCAAGUCUGUGCAACGAAUAAAUGAUCAAUAGUGAGAGAACUUGAUGAUGAGGGAUUGUUGUUUUGAAGCAGUUCUUUUCUCUUUACAAGAUAGGAGCCUCUUGGUAGGACAGAAUUGUUGUAUUAGGUGAGCUGCAUUGGGUAUGAUAUGGUUUAUUUAGGGGAUGGUGUAAUUAUAUCCUCAUUGGAGAUGCAUGUUAUGUAAAUAUCUCUUAAACAGUCUAACCAUUUUUAUUUGUUCUUUUCUUAGUCCUUGAUAUGCA